AUGGAUGUGCUCAGCCCUGGACCUGGCAACAACACCACCUUGUCCGAGGGUCCCUUCGGGACACGCGGCAACGCUACUGUCAUCUCCGACGUGACCUUCGGCUACCAAGUGAUCACCUCUCUGCUGCUGGGCACGCUCAUUUUCUGCGCGGUGCUGGGCAAUGCUUGCGUGGUGGCCGCGAUCGCCCUGGAGCGCUCCCUGCAGAAUGUGGCCAACUAUCUCAUCGGCUCGCUGGCUGUCACCGAUCUCAUGGUGUCGGUGCUGGUGCUGCCCAUGGCUGCGUUGUACCAGGUGCUCAACAAAUGGACACUGGGACAGGUCACCUGUGACCUAUUCAUUGCCCUCGACGUGCUGUGCUGCACCUCGUCCAUCCUGCACCUGUGUGCCAUUGCGCUGGACAGGUACUGGGCCAUCACGGACCCCAUCGACUACGUGAACAAGAGGACGCCCCGGCGCGCCGCUGCGCUCAUCUCCCUCACUUGGCUCAUUGGCUUCCUUAUCUCCAUCCCGCCCAUGCUGGGCUGGCGCACCCCCGAAGACCGCUCAGACCCCGACGCGUGCACGAUUAGCAAGGACCAUGGCUACACUAUCUAUUCCACCUUUGGAGCCUUCUACAUCCCUUUGCUGCUAAUGUUGGUUCUCUACGGGCGCAUUUUCCGAGCUGCGCGCUUCCGCAUCCGCAAAACAGUCAAGAAGGUGGAGAAGAAGGGAGCAGACACCCGUUUUGGUGUGUCGCCAGCCCGGCAGCCCAAGAAGAGCGUAAAUGGCGAGCCAGGGAGCAGAGAAUGGAGGCAGGGCGUGAACAAGGCAGGGGGGGCUCCGUGCACCAAUGGCGCGGUGAGGCAGGGUGACGACGGCGCCGCCCUGGAGGUGAUUGAAGUGCACCGGGUGGGCAACUCCAAAGAGCACCUGCCGCUGCCCAGCGAGGCCAGUAGUAUCCCUUGCGCCCCCGCCUCCUUCGAGAAGAAGAAUGAGCGCAACGCCGAAGCCAAGCGCAAGAUGGCCCUGGCCAGAGAAAGGAAAACGGUGAAGACGCUGGGCAUCAUCAUGGGCACAUUCAUCCUCUGCUGGCUGCCCUUCUUCAUCGUUGCCCUGGUCCUGCCCUUCUGCGAGAGCAGCUGCCACAUGCCCACGCUUCUGGGAGCCAUAAUCAACUGGCUGGGCUACUCCAAUUCUCUGCUCAACCCGGUCAUUUACGCUUACUUCAACAAAGACUUCCAAAACGCGUUUAAGAAGAUCAUCAAGUGCAAGUUCUGCCGCCGAAGAUGA